AUGGAACAAUUCAAAACGUUUGAAAAGGAUCAACUGGACACAAUCCAAAUACUUGAUCAAACCACAACCGAUACAAUUUCAGUAUGGAACACAACGGAUAAUAAUAAAUCGGUUGAAACACAGCAGCUAUGUCAAGCUGCAAACCCUGAUAUGGAUGAAAGAACAACAGUACAAUCUCUUAUGGCAAACUUGUUACCAUCUCUUAAAAUGAAAGUUAUUUCGAAAGAUCCUCAAACAAGAUCAGUUUUUGCAAAUAGCAAGAAAGCUGAAGAUCUUCGAGCCUCCAUCAAUUUUGAUAAGCAACAUUGGCCUUCGAUUUAUCCUGUAUCACAUAAUAGUGAAUUAAAUAUUUUAAGAUUAUUAGCACACAUCCAAAAUGAAGCACAACAUUCAAAAUUAAAAUCCGUUUUACUUCAACCUUUUGACAAUUCAAAACCCACUAUCGCAACAACAACCCUGCAUCAUACUGUGCCAACAAUAGAACAUCAUUCCUGCGCUUCAAAACCUUUCCCUCUCCGCGGUGAAAAAGGACAAGAACUCAAGAAACUUUUAGACGAACUACAACUGUCUGGACAUAUUCGUCGAUCUGAUUCACAUUAUGCCGCACCAGCUAUUCUCGUUGAAAAGAAAGACAAAAAAUAUCGUCUUGCAGUCGAUUAUAGAUAA